AUUAAAAACAAGAACAACACAGAUGUAUUUUACCUGAGAUUCCAUAGAAGUUGAAAUUCUAUAACGUCUUCCUACGAAUGAGUGUUUCUUCGUUGGUCUGCAUAGGUCAAGACUCUAUGUAAGAUUUGGUGUCUGCAUAAGGAACUCUUUCGGAGAAAUUCAAUAAAAGCCUCUUAUCAUGAAGAUUAAUGAGAAGAAUUUGUGCGUUUUUGCAACGACGCCACCGUACGACAAAGAAGGCUUCCUUUACAAGAGGGGCGAGGUUAAUAAAGCAUUUCAGAAACGCUAUUUUGUUCUCAAAGGAAAUCUGCUUUUUUAUUUCGAGAAAAAAGGAGAUAAGGAGCCUUUAGGACUUAUAAUAGUAGAGGGUUGCACAAUAGAGCUUUCGGAAGAAAGCGACCAGUAUUGGUUCGAAAUUGCAUUCAAUGGAAAUCGAACGUAUAUUUUAUCGGCUGAAUCCCAAGAAAGCAUGGAGUCCUGGAUGAAGGCUUUGACAUGUGCUGGUUAUGAGUAUAAGAAACUAAUGGUCGAUGAAUUGCAAAGGCAACUGGAAGAAAUUGAAGGUUCUCGCAACAAGAUUUCCACGGAUUCGGUUACGUCUACAUCUGGCGUUUUGACGCCUAAACCGCCGCCACGAAGAACGAACCCAUUUAACAGGCCCGCACCACCUGUGCCUAGCGGAACAAAUGGCAAUAAUGUCAAUGAGGCAAAUAUGGCGUUUAUAAAUGGUCAUUUUGGGUCCUCUUCACAACGUAAUGCACAAUUGAGUUACGAUACUAGUCCUAUUGCGCCACCAAGGGGUAUACCACCAACAUCACAUUCGAAUACCAGCGGGAUAAGUACGGCGAGAAGUGAGUUCUAUGUUUCAUCCCAGCCAUCGGUGCCGUCUGCUCGCCAACAACAGCAGCAGUUUCCAAAUUCCCAUCACCAGCAGCAUAAUACAAAUUUAAAUACAAACUUAGCCUCUAUAGCAGUCUUCAAGCCGGCUGUAAUCGAUCUUCAAAAUCAUAAUAGGGCGCUGAAUUUUGAUGAUAUUCAUGAACAAUUUCGACAAAUUGUUAUGAAAGACGUACGAGCGUAUCAGGCACAAAGUGAAAUUAAGAGAAGACCCCUAAUUGAAUUGUAAUAAACUAAUGGCUACAUACAUGUAUAGAAUUAUCAAUUAUCGUAUACAUUGUAUUCAAAAUGCAGUUUUUACUGCAUUCUAUCAUAUUGUGCGACAUGCUUAUUUUUAAACUAUUUAUUUACCAUUUUCGAAGUCCAUACCCCUAAUAAUUUAUAUUCUAAAAUUUACAACUAACAAAAACGAAAAUUACUGUUCUAUUCAUUUUUGCCAUCAUGUUUGGUUGCAAAAUAGCCUCAUAUUUGUGUUACAUUUUAAUAAAACAGUUUUUCCU